CUCCUGCCCCGCGCCUCCGACAGAAUGGCCUCCACCACUGAGACGGCGUCCAAGCCAAAGCCGCUGCCAUUCUAUGCGCAAUUCACCGCGGGCGCCAUUGCAGGCGUGUCGGAGCUGCUGCUCCUCUACCCGCUGGACACUGUCAAGACCCGGCUGAUGCUUCAGACCAAGGUCGAGGUGCCCGGUGCGGAGCGGUACAAUGGCAUGGUCGACGCCUUUCGCAAGAUUGUUGCCAGCGAGGGAGCAGGACGGCUAUACAGAGGCCUGAUCCCGCCCCUGAUGCUCGAAGCGCCAAAGAGGGCCGUCAAGUUUGCCGCAAAUGACUUUUGGGGAAAGACGUACCGGAACGCGACGGGGAGCGAAAAGAUGACGCAGGGCCUCAGUGUGCUGACUGGCUGCAGCGCUGGUGCGACCGAGUCGAUUGUCGUCGUUCCCUUUGAGCUCGUCAAGAUCCGGCUGCAGGACCGGGCGCAGGCGCACCUGUACAAGGGCCCCAUGGACGUCGUGCAAAAGAUUGUCGCAAAGGACGGCCUGCUGGGCCUGUACGCUGGGCUCGAGAGCACAUUCUGGCGGCACGUCCUCUGGAACGGCGGCUACUUUGGCUGCAUCUUCCAAGUCCGUGCGCUGAUGCCCAAGGCCGAGAACAAGGGCCAGGAGCUCCGCAACAACUUCAUCUCGGGUAUGAUUGGUGGCUUUGUCGGCACGGCCCUCAACACGCCCGCCGACGUGUUCAAGAGCCGGGUGCAGAACACGACGUAUGCGCCGGGGCAGAAGAAGCCCUGGACGCUGCCGGGUAUCAUCCAGAUCGGCCGCCAGGAGGGCUUUGCGGGUCUAUACAAGGGCUUCACGCCAAAGGUGCUCCGGCUGGCCCCUGGUGGCGGUGUGCUCCUCCUCGUCGUCGAGGUCGUCUUGGACCAGUUCCGCAAGGUGCUCGGCCCGCCCUACCUUUGAGCGAGCCUUCUUUCCCUCGUCAACCCCCAUCAAUUCUUGUUCUUUCUUUCUCGUACGAGCCUUUCCUAUCCAACAAGGUGUUCAUUAGCCGGACGAAACGUGUAUUCCAAUCUCCAAAAAACCAAGCAAGACAUAGACAUUGAUUUCGCUUUGCAUGCU